UCUUUUCAAUCUGAACUAAAACGUCAAAACUCAUAAUAUGUCAUUUAAAUAUUUUUUAAGUACUAAUGCCGAUUAUUUGUAAUCGUAAAUUGAGUAAUUGAAUUGUAUUGUUUAGUUCCGAACUUUGCAUCGAUAUGUCAUCUAGAGUGUUAAGAAAACUUCAAGGAGACAAAGAAAAAGAAUUUGCUGAGGAGGUGUCAGAUACUGAGACAGAUACUCCUGUUACAGGAGGUGCUCGAAAAAAGCAACUGAAUAUCAAUCGUUAUGAUUUGUUGAAUCAACAGUCUCAUUCAGAAAGUGAAGUGAAGGAAGACGAUAAUGAAACAGAGGCUGCUAAGUCUUGUGAAGGAGAACCUCAUGAGAUCAAGAGAAAAAAGAAGAAAAAGAAGAAAAAAUCUGGCAAACAUGUCAGUACUCAACGAAGCAGUGAAGACAAUGCUGAUAUUGAUGAAGUUGAGAGAUCAGUGCGAGAAGUGAAUAGGCUGCUAGGCGAGAAUUAUGUACCUAAAGUUACCUCCCACACAAAUGUGAAACAGGAUAAAACAAGUUAUCGUAAAAACACUUUAUCUGUUCAACAUAAGCACCUCAACCCAAACAACGAGCUGAAGAGAAUAUUUGGAUCUAAAGUAAUUCCAACUGACCACAAACGUAAAAACAGAUCUGGCGGUAGAGGUCACGCCAAACCGAUAACAAUGGUAAACUGUAGAGACAGUUACCCAAAUGCUGGGAAGUCGGGUCUGUCUAUGAACUAUAUCGAAAACAAAAAUGGAAUCCAGUAUUUCAGCUACGAACACAGCCAGAGCUACAGACAAGUACAGAAUAAAUUUUUAGAUGCAGUUGAAAGCUUGAAUCCAGAUAACAUUGUUGCCAUCAUAAAUGACCAUCAGUGCCAUGUAGAUGCAUUGAUUCAGCUUUCCGAUUUAUGUAAGUUGAGCGAAGAUUUAGCAAUGGCGGCUGACUUGAUAGAGCGUGCCUUGUAUAUCUUGGAAUAUGCUUAUCAUCCCCUGUUCAAUGUAGCACAAGGCAACUGCAGACUAGACUACAGGAGACAAGAAAAUAGGGCCUUGUACAUAACGAUGUUCAAGCAUUUACUAUUCCUUGGUGGGAAGGCGUGUUAUCGAACAUCGUUGGAAUUUUGCAAAUUACUCUUGGCUCUUGACCCAGAUGGAGAUCCUCUAGGAGUGAUACUUGCCAUCGAUUUUUAUGCUCUUCGCUCAAGAGAGUAUCAAUGGUUUAUUGAUUUCGUUGCAGAGUGGGACAGUACUAAAAAUCUUUUACAGUUACCUAAUUUUGCUUAUUCUCUAGCCGUUACUUAUUUUUACUUAGGUGAUAGUGCAAAAGCAGAUCUUUUGCUGCAGGAUGCUUUGCUUAUGUUCCCUGGAGUACUAUUACCUCUUCUUGAGAAGUGUACAGUGCAAAUGGACAAUAGAGUUGCUAAUCAUACUUACUUUGUUACGGCAGAUGAUCAAAAGAGGCAACCGCCGGCUCUCAACCAGCUGAUUCUGUUAUAUAUAAACAGAAGUUACCAUAUAUGGAAAGACAGUGAUCUUUUACCUUGGUUGGAGAAAAAUGUGCACGAAGUUCUAGAUAGGGUAGAAAAAAAUGAUGUAAUUGUUAAGGAAUGUGAAACAAAAAGAAUGAAAAGGUUUUCGGGACCCCUUCCACAAAAUGUAUCUCGCCAUAUAUUACUGUCCGAUUUAAAAGGUGUAUCUCCCCUGACUGAUGAAAACAGUGGACCUGUUAUGAGUUUCGACCCCUUACCCCCCAAAGAUUCUAUCAAUCUUUAUACGAGAACAAGAAGGCCUGUGCUAGCAAAUAGUAACGCAAACCCUUUAGGAAUAUUUUUUAGAUCUAUUCUACCAUCUUUUAAUGCAAAUUUAUUAGAAGUCGAUAGAGAAGAAGAGGGUGCUAGAGCCUUACCUGAAGAUGGAGAAAACAAUGAGGGAGGCGAUUUAAGAAGUAGUGUUGCGUCUUUAGUAGAUGCUAUGCGAGAUUUAUUAAAUAAUAUUAGGCCUGAAGUACCUAAUGAUGCAGACGCAGAAGGAAACGAUGAUUCUGUGGACGACGAUGAUUUGACGUGAAUUUUGUGUCAUCAGUAUUAACGAUGACAUUCACACUACCUUGUUAACUUGUUUAGAUUAUGUAACAGGAAAUAAAAAUCUUUAUAUAUCCAAGUCAAACAUUAGGAACUGAAUUUAUUAUUUUUUUAUAUACACUAUUUCAUACAAAAAUAUAAUUUAUAACAGAAUAA